CGAGUAAAUAUGGCGCAAUUUCAAGCCUUAAAUCAAGUUCUGCAGAAUCCGAGCUCUGGUGCUUACUUUGAAAUGGUCCAGAAAAGAAAGAAACUGCCAAUGUCGUUGCAGGAGACUUUGAACAAAGCAUUUGCAAAUAUUCCAGUUUCGACCUUCCCAAUAGUUCCUGGAGGCAAAGUGUUGGAAAUUCAAGCAAACGCGUCAGUUGGCGAGGCAAUCAAGAUUCUGUCAGAUGCCAACAUUCUAGCAGCUCCUGUGUGCGAGUCUGAUGAUGUAAAAGCUGUGGACUGGAGAGAAAGAUACUUAGGAACCAUAGAUUUCUCUGCCAUUGUUCUGUGGGUUUUAGAGAGUGCCGAUAUUGCUGCAGCUGCCUUGUCAGCCAGCUCUGCAGCUGCUGCUGGAGUAGGUGCAGGCGCUGCUGGGGCUCUCGGGGCACUAGCAGCAGGUGGAACAGGUCCCGUGGCAGCUGCAGGCAUAGCGGCUGCUGCAGUUGGCGCAGCUCUAGCUGGUGGGUUGGCUGGAGAUCAAGUGGGAAAAGAUGCUUCCUCAGCCGCUGACACAUUGGGAGAUGAUUUUUAUAAAGUCCUGCUAGAAGAAGAACCUUUUGCAUCAACUACAGUGAGGUCCAUCAUCACAUCUUAUCGUUGGGCACCAUUCAUUCCGGUUGCAGCAGAUAGCUCAAUGUUGGGUGUUCUCUUGCUUCUUUCCAAGUAUAGGCUAAGGAAUGUACCUAUAAUUGAAGAUGGAAAACCAACUAUAAAAAACUUCAUAACUCAGUCUGCAGUUGUGAAGGGUCUAGAUAACUGCCAAGGAAGGGACUGGUUUGAUUGUAUCGCUGCUCAACCAAUCACUGAACUGGGGCUUCCUUUCAUGUCCAAUGAUGAGGUCAUCAGCAUCAAAAGUAGUGAAUUGGUAUUGGAAGCAUUUAAGCUAAUGAAAGAUAAUCAAAUUGGAGGUCUUCCAGUCAUAGAAGGACCGGAGAAGAAUAUUAUAGGCAGCCUAAGCAUAAAAGAUAUCCGAUUCCUGUUGCUCAACCGUGAGCUUUUCGCAAAAUUUAGGGAACUGACUGUGAAGGAUUUCAUGAACACCAUUGCUUCAGAGGCCCGUGAUCUCGGGAAAGGCACCAUACCUGCAACGUGUAGUCUCUCCUCAAAUCUUGGAAGUGUGAUACACAUACUUGCUUCAAAGAUGGUUCAUAGAGUUUAUGUUGUUGGUGCCAACGGCAAAGAAGUUGUUGGCGUGAUUACACUCAGGGACAUCAUAUCAUGCUUCAUCUUUGAACCACCCAACUACUUUGAAAACUAUUUGGGAUUAACAAGUUACGAAGUCAAGAUUGAUGCAUUCAAGACAAAGUAA